AUGGCUAAUGUACCAAACCUGUAUUCUUUUAUGACUGGUGGUGGUGUUGCUGGUAUGCCUGCUGGGUUUCAUCAUGCUGGUCUGCCCGUUGGUGGUGUUCAUCCUAAUAAUGUAGAGCUCCAACCUGAUGGUAUUCCUGGACCUGCUGUUCCUGGCAGACCUCCUGUUAAUCCUCCUGUUGGUGUUCCUAAGGGUGUUCAACAAAGGCCUUAUACGGACCCUGCAGUUCCACACGGUCCUUGUGGUACUCCUGGUGUGCCUGGUGCUAUCCCUGGCAGUGCUGCAGGUACGAAUACUUGUUCUGCUGGUAUUCCUGGUUCUCACCAUACUGUACCUUCACCUACAUCUCCCAUUAAACCUCCUCUUCCUACUACUGCUAAACCUCUUGCACCGGCACAAUUUGGUGCUGCGGGUUCUUCUGGUACAUCUCUUUCAACUACACGUGAUGAUCUUCAAUCUAGUCGUCAAGGUGGUAUAAAGGCACAGGGUGGUCAUGGUGAUGGCCAACAUGAUGUGCCUCCUCAAGCUAAUAAGCUUGGGAAACAUCCUGACGAAUCCCCGGAUAAUACUAAACUUGAUAGUGGUGUUGCGCAGGGUGAGAAGGAGUUGGAAGAAAAUAAGCAAAAGGAGUUGAAAGAAGAGUCGGGUGACAGAUCAAAAGGUCAAGGUCGUGGGAAUGAAAAUCAAGAAGAAACUGUCGUAUCUCAUUCUCGUACUGUACAAGAUGUAAGUAUCAACCAGCCUAGUGAGUUGACAGAGCAAACAGAGAAUACUCAGAAGCAGCCAGUAUCCAGUAAGUCAGGUGAGAGGAGAACUGAGGGACAACAAGAACAGAUAAAGGAAACCACACAAGGUCCCCAACAAGAUAAUCACAAUACAGAAACAAAUGUCACAGGUACAACAAGUACUGACUCCCAUUUUACUGCUGACUCAAAACCACAUUCUACUACAGAAUCACAACAGCAACCCGCUGAAAUAACUCAAUCUGGUCUAUCUACUGAUGAUUCAAACACACUAAACAACACGAGCACAGAGCCCAACAGUACCACUGAUAAUGUG